AUGGCGAACGACGGUUGCUCCCUUACCUCAUCCGGCCGCAAACUUCGCCGCUCUCCCAGCUCGCGAGAUCAGACCAUUCGCGCUGUCUAUGAUAGUGACCAGAGCGCAUCGCUAUCAGCACAACACACGCAGAGAAACGCCCAGCAACAAUUGAGCUCGCCUCCAACUCAGCGCGUUCAAUAUCUCGGCAGCGCCGGCAGUAUGCCAGCCUCUCAACAGCACACUUCACCGAGUCAGCGCGCAUCACACACAUCACAAAUUCCAGCACCAACGAGCAGUGGCAGGGCCAACGUUAGAAUACACGGGUGUGGUCCUCCACCGUAUCAAGCCUCGCCUUCUGCUUGGCGGCCUGAUGAUGAGAUGGGCACAGAGUCAAAUAUGAUGGACUGUGAGCAGUCGCAGAAUGAUCUUGUGGCUGCGCGGAAUCACGACUCGCAGCCAUUUCAGUCCAGUCAUCUCUACGCGCAACAGGAGAAUGACAAUAGGCGACAUUUCAAUCCCAUAAGGCUCUAUGCGACUGAGGUAAGACCAGCAGCAUCUUUUGCGUUCGACAUGACACCGGUCCCGAGACCGCAGCUUCAUGACCAAGUCAGCAAUCUGGGAGGAUGCACUUGUGCCGACCGAAACUGCCCGCUCAUCCACUACGACGGCCCAGAGAGUGUCAGUGCAAAGGACUACCACUACGAAGUUGUGCCUAACACUGCUCGCUACGUCAGUACUGCAGAGCUUACUGCGGCUUAUCUCAAUCCCCACGCAGAUCCAUAUGCUGCAAGCCGAGCGCCGCGAGAAUUCGAACAAGAUUGGCAUGCGAAAGAACAAUACACUCGACCCUUCCUCUACGAUGCCGACAGAGCAAGAGGUGCGCGUAGCCUUUCAGGUGGUCCAGGUGGCUCACGCGAUCGUCGUCGCCCCGAACAGCGACAUGCGCACGAACGCGGCGCCGACACGUCUCGCACGACCGACUUCAGUGAGCCUCGCUCGCCACAACGAAGCACCACUAUACAUCGGGUGGGUUCCCGCGCGCCCCCUGGCCAGAAUCCUGAUUGUUUAGAAGAACGCGAUGUCGCGAUGAUGGAGGUUCGCAGUCCAGGACGCUUGGGAGUCCAAAUCAUUGAGGCUGCUGGCAAGUGGAGAUAUGGUGAAGGUGGAGCUUAGAAAAUCGGUGCCGCAUGGACAUCGACUCAGAAAGCUGUCUUCCUUCUUGGUGCGAUGGAUCGUCGGCAGAUGGCAGAGCAGUAUCACAAGCCAGUCUGGCUGCGAACAUUUGAGUUGAAGUACUUUUGCUGGAGGUCACGGUAUCAAAGUACGUUCAACCUCUCAUUUUAUCUCCAGGCACAGCACUAGGUGCUUGUGAAGCUCUGCUGGGGAGCUGGAAAGUGUGGCAUCGGGUUAGCAUAGGGCUACCUGGUAUAUGCGACUUGCGACAUUUUCGGCAAGCGAGUCCAAUGCAAUGCUUUCCACGCCAACAUGUUCUCUCUUCAAGAGUCAAUUUAUAUUGUGUACCUAAUUCCUUCAUUGAGCACUAAUCUGAAGAUCAGCAGG